ACUUUUAUUACAUCUUUUGCACUUUCUUAGAUGCUAGUAUGAAAAAUCCGCCGUUGGAGAUAUCCAUACUAUCCAGUUAUGUUUGAGCAAAACCAAAUAAUAAUUUUUUUAUGUGAAAGAGGAACUCAUCUACAUUAUUUCAAUAUUAGAAAAUAUUUAUAUCUCCUUGAAACAGGUUUGCAGUACCUCAUUUAUUAAAAAAUAUUGCAAAAAAUCUGAAUCUCAUCAUAAUAAACUUGAUAGCUUUUUUUACAAGCCUCAACAAAAAUUUCCAAGCAUACCAAAAAACACUUUGAACAUUCCUCUGUCCAACAGAAAAAUGAACCUUGAAGUUUAGUUAAGCAAUGAUGAAGAUAUUUAUAUUUUUUUUUCGACCGGACUUUUGGAACACCCUGUAUAUUAUUUGAUCCUCAAUAUCUCAUAAAAAAUAAAAAGAAGUUGGAUUGCAUUAAUUAUGGUCGGUGUCAGUUAAAUUUUCUUCGUGAAAAAUAUAAAAAUUUUCCAAGAUUAGAUGCUAAUGCAGUUAGGCAUGAGUGGGAAUCAUUUAAACCCUGUAUAAGUGACUUUAUACAAAAUUCGUUGUCUGUCUGUACAGAGAAAUUAUUUUGGAAAACUUUUGUUGCUUUAAAACAAUCGACGAAUAAUCAUUUCAUUCAUGAAUAUAAAAAUAUAUUGAUUUUGCUCAAUAUUUAUCUUACUUCAUCAACAAAUUCAGCUGAAUGCGAAUGAGGAGUAUGGUGGUGUUCAUAUUUUCACCACUUCAUGUCAUAUUGUUGUCUUUUUUAGUUUUCAGCCAUAAAUCGGAUUCAGAUUGUUGGAAGAUCUCGUUUGAUGAUAUCAACAUUGAAUGUACUUAUGACGGUGUGUAUGCUUCUAAAGGAUGAUAUUAGAAGGUGAGAUAACAUAAUCAUUUGGUUUUUAAUUUAUGUAUUAAAUAUUUCUUUGUAGUCCUAGAUGUCAAUAUGUGGUAACUGAAGCGUUCAAAUCAUGGAACGCUAAAGAUUAUCGACGUCGUCUUCAUGAAAUUCAAGUGUUGGCUGAUUUUAGUGAUGAUUAUCAACCAGUGAAGCAAGUUCGUUCAGUUGCUAAACGACGUUCGUCUUUUAUCGGGUCUCAAAUUAUGUGCAAGAAGCCGAAAAACUUGAAAUCAAAAGCAAUUAAAUGUGCAAACGGAUAUAAAACCAGCAUUUCUAGAGAUGAUCCAACACAAAUAGAAGCUAUACAGUGUUAUCAUCAGGACGAUCAAUUCGAAUGGAUUGAAUACGAUGAGAACUGUUCCAGAUGGUUAUGUAAUGGUUGCAGAAUAAAAUUGAAAAUUACAACAGAUUCGAUUUGGUUUUGCUCAGAUCAUGUUGAUAUGCACGAUGAUGAUAAUAAUGCUGACUCAAAUUGA